CCCCAAUAGCCGCGGUCACCGGGCAACGUGACUGAUAAACAUCAAAGCCGCGAUAAUGAUUGAUAAGACCGCAAUGAUUUCCGUGUUCAAUGUGGACAUGGACAUACAACGAGGCCAGCUCUCAGUCAGUUAAGAAACGAUGCUCGUUCUCUUGCUCUGUGUGAUUUCGUUCACGCGAACUGCCAUUGUUCAGCUCUCAAAUCGGUUGUUCGGUAAAGAGAAUCAGGGACUCCAACAACCUCAAGACGAGCACCUACAGGAUACCAUGGACGAACAAGCCGGUCACGCGCCCGAAUAUAAGAGGCAACGAUCCACGAAGGGUUCCAAAGAUAUCGACUCCACGGACACUAUAAAGAUCCAGGAAGCUUGGGAGGAUUACGACGACGACGAGUAUUUUCCCAAACCGGUUCAUCUGGUGAAAUCGCCGGUCACGAAGAACGACACGUAUUACAACAUGAAUCAUAAGAGGCGAGGAAAGUGCGUGAUAUUCAAUCACGACGUGUUCGAUUCGGGGGAGAAACAUCGCGACGGGUCCAAGCUCGACGUCAAGAUGAUCGAGACUAUUUUUCAAGAUGUACUGGAGUUCGAAGUGAUUCCGUAUCACAAUUUGACCAACAACGAGAUCACCGAGACGACUAAACGACUGAGCGCGGAGAAUCACAGCGACAGCGACUGUUUCUGCAUGUUCAUAUUGACGCACGGUACGUCCGGCGAUACGUUGGCAGCCAGUGAUUGCUAUUAUCCACUGAAAAGCAUUUGGCAAAAGUUCACCGGGGACCACUGCCCAACCCUAGUCGGGAAACCGAAGCUUUUCUUCGUGCAAGCCUGCAGAGGUGAUCAAUACGACGCGGGGGUCGGAGUGUACAGUACCGAGAAUUCGGAGACAGAUUCUGUAGCCGUCGCUUCCUACAAAAUUCCUACCCACGCGGACUUCCUGAUCGCUCACAGCACGAUGGAUGGAUUCUACUCGUGGCGCAACCCGACGGAAGGCACCUUCUACGUGCAACAAUUGUGCGAGGUGAUAAAGGAGUACAGGCAUAACCAUGAUUUGACGGAGAUGAUGACCAUAAUUGCCCGCAUCGUCGCCAACGAGUACGCGUCGUCCCACUAUUUGCCGCACAAAGACGAUCAGAAGCAGAUGCCUACGAUAACGUCGACGUUGACUCGGAAAAUUCUUUUCACAAAGAAGAAUAGACCGGCGUAAAUCUUGUCGUUAUUAAUUUUGCGGGAGUUUCUGGAUACACCGUAAGGAAUCUUUUCGACUUUCAUCGGUUCGAUCGGGCGCGAUAGAAAAAUAGAAAAUUUCGUUGAAAUCGAAUGUUUCGAAAAAGUCGCGAUCACAGAAAUAUCAAUUCGCGGAUGUUCCUCUCAUCGUCGACCGCCGUAGCUUCGAAGACCUCGAAGAUGGAAGUUAGAAACGCGAGACGUCUUUCCCUUUCUUUUCGAGAAGAUCUGGUACCCUCCAACAAUACCCGACAAAUCUUACAAAAAAAAAAAAUGAUCUCUGAAAUGAUCUCUUCGUUUACAGUUUCGCUUCGACGCGACUUCGUCGAUCGGCGGAAAAGCUAUUAGUUUUUAUUGAUUUACGAUUAAAACGAGUAUUAUA